CUCGUGCCGCUUGUCGUCGUCAACCAGUAAACGAAGCGAUCUAGCCUUACGAUCGACCCAGGCUAUGGCUGACUUGGACUUGUCUACGCCCCUGUUGUCAGCGAUGGAUCUGGCCGAGGAGUCCAACGUGUCCGCGGCUUUCCCGCUGCUGGUGCUUGAGCCGCCGCCAGAUUUAGAUCGGUCGUCGUACAAGGUCUUCACCUUGCUGGACCAGAAGCUUGAAGAUGUCACUCCGUUCGUGUCGAGCAACAAGGCAUUCUUGGCAACGCCGCAGGGCUGGGUAUUGGUCCUGGGCUCCUCCGAUUCCUCGUCGGACGAUACAAGGACGUAUCUGCUGAACGUCAAGGACAGAUCAAGAAUCGAGCUUCCGGCUCUCAAGGACGACGAGGUCCCGUGGACGUGCAGGUGCGUCUUGUCCAACGUCGUGGUAGCGCCUGGCUGCAGAGUCCUAGUCUUCGACCAUGCGAGCCCGGUGAUGUGGUUCUGCCGCGUCGGCCAGGAUCUCCGGUGCUCGCGCCACGGCUACGACAUUGGCUGCUUCGACCUCCCGCUCCCGGGCUCUCCCCCCAUCAAUAUAAAGAGACACUUCGUCGACGUUGCCCCCGUCAAUGGGAGGUUCUUCUUCUGCGAGUCCAACGACUCUCUCGGCACGCUGGACUUCCACACCAACGACGCCUCGGAGGAGCCGGAGGCGCGGCUGGGCGCCAUCGCCGUGCCCUUCAUCGAGGUCCCGUUCGGCAUUACGGCCACGUACGUCGUCGAGUCCUGCAACGACCUCUUCCUCGUCCAUAUCGCCUUCCACGGAAUGUGCGUCGACCAACCAGGGGAACUCCGCGUCUAUCGGAUGGAUUUCUCGGAGCCGCCGGCCUGGCGCAAGACGGACUGCAUCGGGAAUCGGGCUUUCCUCCUCAGUGGCUCCUAUUUUGCAGCGUCCUGCUCUGCCAGCGGAUGUGGGCUCAAGCCAAACUGCGUCUACUGGGUGAAUAGCUUGAGCGAAAAGAAUAGUGAUCUGCAUGUUCUUGGCCUCCAAGACGGCUCGUCGGAAAUUGUCAAGCAGUUUGAAAAUGUGUUGGGUGUGCGGAAACCCUUCUGGAUCGUCCCGGGGGAUGCAUAGUCAUGCUGUUCUUCUCGGUCAUCUAUAGUUACUUUGUUUCCCUGUUUCAUUCAUGUCGGUCAUUUAUUUAUAGUUACUUUGUAAAACUCUCCGUUGAAGUAGAAUGUUUUGUGUUAAUCGUUUGA